CGUCAGACAGUGACGUGUCGAAGUGUCAAACAGAAAGGAUGUAAAAAAAAAAAAAAAAAAAAAGAUGAUCUUAAACUCUCCAGAUAAACUUACUAACAUAGUUAAUAGUCUCCCGCAGCGGGAGUUUGGAUGAAGCGGACCCACCCGUAGGUACAGGCUUUACAGGCGGACUGCGGCCUCUCUUCAGUUGAGUCGAGGAAAAACGGUUUGAACCGACUUUCAAACCCGCGACAUUGACCGUUGAGCUAACUUCAGUUAGCGACGGUCGACGCUAACCGGAGUCCGGUAAACUACCGUUAGCAUGGGGGAGCUAACGGUAACAUGUGACAGACAGUGAGGGCAGCUGCCGUUAAAACGUUUAUCCAGCUCAACUUAGGUUAGUCUUGUCGCCCAUCUUUUUUUUUUUUUUUUCGCCCCCCUCCUGUUUUUACCCCCCCUCCCCCCCUCCGGAGGGUAGCUGGCAGCGGGACACCGACCGCAGAGGAAGAUGUCUCGGAGGCGGCUGGACAGUCGCAGCGGGCUCUCCGCGGGGCUGCUCGGGGAGAUUCAGACCCCGAUCAGCACGGAGCCGAUGGAGGGUGUGUAUGAAAUCACCGGAGAGCUCGGGAGGGGGAAGUUUGCUGUGGUCAAGCGCUGUGUGGAGAAGGCCACGGGGAAAGUGUUUGCUGCCAAGUUCCUGCGGAAGAGGAGGCGAGGUCGCGACUGCCGGGCAGAUGUCAUUCACGAGAUGGCCGUCCUGGAGAUGGCCCGUAACAACGCCCGAAUUGUCAACCUGCACGCCGCUUACGAGACGGAUCACGACAUCGUCUUAGUGCUGGAAUAUGCGGCGGGUGGAGAGAUAUUUGACCACUGUGUGUCUGAGGAGCUGCUGCACGAGGCCCAGAUCACCCGUCUGAUCCGGCAAACACUGGAGGGAGUCCACCACCUCCACCAGAGUAACCUGGUCCACUUAGACCUGAAGCCGCAGAACAUUCUCCUGACCAGCCUGUCUCCUCCAGGAGACAUAAAGAUCGUAGACUUUGGCCUGGCACGCAGGCUGGGUGCGGUCGGAGAGCUCAGAGAGAUACUUGGCACACCUGAAUAUGUGGCGCCGGAGAUCCUGAAUUAUGAGCCAAUCACAACAGCGACUGACCUCUGGAGUGUGGGUGUUAUAGCCUACAUGCUGGUGACGGGCGAGUCUCCGUUUGCCGGGGACGACAAGCAGGAGACGUACCUGAACGUGUCCCAGAUCAGCGUGGACUACAGCAGGGAGGCCUUCUCCAGAGUGUCUGAGCUGGCUGUGGACUUCAUCCGCAAGCUGCUGGUCAAAGCGCCAGAGGACCGGCCCAGCGCUGCAGAGUGUAUGAGCCACCCCUGGCUGUGGCAGCAGCAGUUCUGUCUGAGCCCGGACCCCGCCACCACCCGCACCGUCCGCGAAAGGAGCUGCGGCACCAAGUGGACCGCCCCGCCCGAAGACCCCGAAGACAAGGAGAACUUCCUGGACUCGCCCCACUCGCACGCAAAAAGGUUUCGCUUCGACGAGGAGCGUCCCGCUGCCGGAGACGGUGACUUUUGAAAAAGUCCCAUUAAAAAAAAGGGGGAGGAAUUGAAGUGUGAGGCAGGAGUGCCCGCUCCUUCCUCGGAGCUUUUAAAUUCUUUUAAGCCUCCAGAAAAACCAGCUGUCUGCUGCCCACCACUCAAAAGUGCUUUGGUUGUGUUUAUAUUCCACUAAUUAGCAAAAUUCCACGAUCGACCACUCAAACCAAAGAUAACCAGCUAAAUUUUGAAAUCUUAUCACUGAUCCAUCGCCUUUAAAAAAAAAAAGUGUGACAAUUGUACAGUAUGUCUCAAUUAAUGCAGUGUGUUUAACCUAAAGUAUUUAAUAUGUAUCAAUGUUCAAAUCUCUGGUGUUCUUAAAGCGCUGCAUAAGCCCGCUCUGUGCUGAGAGUACUGAUGAAGGCUAGUGUGGAGUAUUUCUAGGGAAAUCUAUGCAACACUUCUCUCGUGCAUUUUAAUUCUAUUUUCUACAGAAACCUUAAAGAAGUUAAUCUCUCUCUGCCUUAAAGUCGGAAGUUAAGUGUUCUUAGUCACCAGCGCCUGGUUACUAUUUCCCUGUACUUGUGCUUCAGCAGUAAUGUGUGAUGUAGAGAUAAACACCUCUGCAAUGAGGAAGUGUGAUAAUGUCCAUAUUUGCAUGUUAAAGCGAGUUAGCUGAACAGCAGCAUUAUGGGAAACCAGGCUUUAGACUCUUUAGACUUUGGGUUCUGCGUUUCAUGUCUGUUUUUAAUUGAAAGUUGAUGAAACACGCUGCUGUCUGCGUCAAAGCUCGAGCUCUUGCUACAUGCAGGAUCGCUGUAUUUGAUGCCCAAGCUGCACUUUGACUUUAAAAACAAGCAGCAGGAGGGCAGAAUUACACACAAACAUAUUACAUUCCUCAUGUUUGCAUUCACACUCAAAGUCUAACUUUUACUUUUCUCCAUCUCUGCAAUACAUUUAGCUCAGGGUCUUUAGAUGAAACUCCUUUUAUGAACUCCAACCUCAGUAUAGUCCCCUCCCAAAGAACCUAAAGGCGUCCCCAUUUAGCGUCAGUGUUUGUAUCCGGAUUAUUGUUAACGUUUUCUAGAAGCAACCGCUCUGACAUUAAGUGAGCAACAAGAUAGAAACUGUACCGGCUCGAGAGAAGGUGUGACUCACACGAUUGCUCACACACACCACACCCGCACUUACUCAAAGGAUUUCCUCACCGGGCUGCCAGUUCCUCUUUGUUGGAGAGAAACACGACUUUAGCACUUACUUCAUAAAGCACACGUACCGAACCGAUAAGCAAAACAGGAGCUAUUUAUUCUGUAGUUUGAGAGGUUUCGCUGUCUUUCAGUCCCUCACCAAAAGCCAUCCAGUGUGCUCUCAGUAAAAGCUAUUCCUCUUGGGUCAGGGUGCCUGAAGUGAUAUAUUCCUGUUGUUUUCAUCUCAGGGCAUGCUGCUCACUCUCUGCUCACUUUGUUGUGUAUUCUUAAUGUUAUUCUUAUAGGCCUAUUAUUAUUAUUUAUGUGCUGGACUUAUACUUUAUAUUUUUUAUGUAAAUAAUGUGCUCACGUGUCUUAUAAGGAAGUGUUGCGAUUAUGCCGGGAGACAGGUGAUUUUAGGAUGCUUAAGGUGUUAUUUAAAAGAAGAUGCUGUUGUGGUUACUGUGUAAUGAGUAAUAAAUGGAAAUGUUUGACUGCAGCGGAUUGGGAAGGUGGCAGCGAGGAUUAGAGUCGAGGUGGUACUGGGAAGUAAAGCAAACGUGGAAAUGGAGAUGAGUCAGAUGGUUUUAGGGGGGAGGAAGAUGAUUAAAUGCUUUGAUGGAUUUGGAAACGUGACGGUCUGGGAUGGAGCGUUUAAAGGAACAGGUUGAUAUUCUACAACUCCUUUAAAGUUCUGAUGUUGAGUGUUCAGAUAUGUAGGUAUGAAAGGGCUCUUUAGGUGCAGAGAAAGUGGGGAUGAUGAUGAUGAUUUCAGUGUAGUUUUAGAAAGAGAUAAGUUUGUCCCAAGACGCUGACAGAACCACUGUAUAAUGUGAAACACGAGGUGCUAUCGAUUUACGGGAUUUGCCAUCUUUUGUUCGAGUAAGACUCGAAUGAAAACUCCUCACCUCUCCUAAAAGUGCAGAUUCUGAUUGCCCGUCACCUCCAGUGAAACAUUCCUCUUUUGUUCCGAGGUGCCAAACCGAAUAAGACCACAUUGUGUUUAUGUUUGUUGUUGUCACCGGCUGGUACAAUGGCCUUUGUGUCGGGGAGCUGGGCGUCCCCAGCCACGGCCAUGCUCUCAUCUGUAUGCUGUCAUCCUUUAAAAACUGGAGCAACACACUGUAAAAAGGUUUUCAUCUCAAUGAUUAAUCUCAGAGAGUUGGCAGAUUCUACUUGAGCUUGCUGUAAGAACUUUUCUCCAAACAGCUGGGAAGUAUCUGUUUGAUAUGUAAGGAAAUAAGCUUGAAUCUUACUUCAUCUCAAGUCAGUCUACUCUGCUUUUUUCUCAGUCCCUCCAGGAUUUCACAGGCUUCAUGGCAGCUUUUCUAAAACAUUGUGAUGCAUGUUGUGAUAUUUUUUGCCAUUUUGUUUCAAUGAAACUGCAAAAGAAAGUGAAAAUUUAAAAAAGGAGUUGCUAUUUGUUUCUAUAAUUCAUUUAAAUUAAAUCAAAGGCAACUCGUUCCAGUGAGAAUAAAACCACCAGUAGUGAGCUGCUGUGACUGGAGAAACUCACAGGAAACUAGUGAUUGGACUAAAUUGCGUUAAUUGUUGCGGUCUCGACAUUGAAACUUCCUGGAGGGACUGUUUCCUAAUACCUCUCCGGGUUGACCGCGUCUCGGAAUAAUCUUGAUUCAGGCUGAAAUGAUGCAACUCGACGUUUCUCAAGCUCAGCUGUACCGACUCCUGUCGCAGCAGCAUCUGUAAAAAAGAUUGUAAAGACUCGACGAGUUGCUCAACCUUGAGAGAGAAGAUGGACUUGUUUUGCGUUGAUGUCAGAGAUUUCACUUUGCAGGAUGACGAAGCGGCUCGUGUUUGCUGGCAUUGUCUGUCUGUCACUUGAACAUGACUUAUGCUGUGGUGUUGAUUUUGUUAUUUUGUACAGCUAUUGUGCUGUUAUUUUCAGCAGCUAGUCACCCGGUGGCCUCUCUCUCUCUCUCUCUCUCUCUCUCUCUCUCUCUCUCUGUACGCUCAUUGUCUGAGCGGGAGGUGCUUAGCUGGCAGUUGAGGCCGUCGUCCUCAAGAAGUGGAGCACCAAUAACGUCAGGCGACUGAUGUCACCCAACAUUCCUGUUUGUUGUGUGAGACUGUAGAGACGUUAGAGACAAAACCAGCCACAAGCACAAGCAAAGAAAUGUGCAAGAAAUGUAUGUUUAUUUUGCAUUUUAUAUUUUUUUAAUGUAUGAGCAUUCUGAUUGCGUCUGAAAUGACUAAAAAAAAAAAAAAAAGACAUAAUCCCCUUUGUAUUCUGAUCAACUGCAGGCUAAUAUGUAAAAGCAUCACAAAGCAAACUGAAAAAGCUCAUUAAAGGUUGUAGAAAAUAUCCAA